AUGAAAGAAGUGGGCGGAUGCCAAUCAGCAUCCGCCCACACUUCUCUCAAGUUUCAGUUACCGCUGAUUGAGCGAAAUAGAAUUCUUGCAUCCAAAGUAGGAGGUCGAGUGUCGGCUGACGCUUUACGACAAUCAAUAGCCAGGAAGUUCGUGCGUGCCUCGGAACUAGAGCAGCGCGGUGCCUCGCCGUUGUAUGAGCGGCUUUCGCUGGGCAUCGCGCAAGACCCUGCCCUGCUCACAAUCGCCGCUGAGGGACGACGCGACCAGCCGCUGCCCAACCUGUUCUUAGCCGCCGUCCACAUGCUGCUUUUGAGCGGCGUUCGGCACGAACUCGCGAAAUUCUAUCCGUCUGUAACAGGCAAUCCCUCAACUGCCGAAGAACCGUUCCUUCACUUUCGCAGCUUCUGCCUGGAACAUGCCGAGCAGAUCAAACGCACCAUUGUAGAGCGGCGCGUGCAGACCAAUGUAGUUGAACGCUGCGGGCUACUUCUGCCCGCAUUCGCCAUCGUCGCAGAGCGCCUCGAUCACAAGCCUCUUCAUCUCGUGGAGAUCGGCUGCAGCGCCGGGCUGAACCUGCUCUGGGACAAAUACGGUUUCAAUUACGGCACGGGCCGCAGCUACGGCGAUUGCUCUUCUGCGGUUCAGAUUAGCGUUGAACUACGUGGGGAAGCCGCGCCACCGCUGCCGGACAUGAUUCCUCCGAUAGCAGCGCGCGUUGGCAUCGAUCUGAACCCUAUUGAUGUGCGGGAUGAUGAUGCCACCCAAUGGCUGCGCGCUCUGGUCUGGCCCGAGGAUGCCGCCCGACUACAACGCCUGAACGCCGCAAUGUCAAUUGCCCGGGCAGACCCGCCGACCCUACUGAAAGGCGACGCCUUGGAACUGCUUCCCGGUGCGCUUGCCGACGCAUCCGACGAUGCUGCGUUCAUCGUAUAUCACACGCAUACGGUCAAUCAGUUCUCGGCUGAAGCGCGUCAACGAUUGGACGAGUUGCUCUCACAAGAAGGGAGCAGGCGCGACCUGUACUGGAUUUCGAGCGAGUAUCGCGCUAGCCCGAGGCGGUGGCUGACGGAUGACGCCGAAAGCGUACGCCCUACAUUGCAGUUGGUUUCGUUCGAGGGUGGUAUGCGCCAGGAGCGCACGCUGGCGCGCUGCCACCAUCACGGGCGCUGGAUGGAAUGGCUAGGGGAUUGA